GGCACACCAAACACCCAACCCAUCGUCCAUGGCUUCGUGGCGCUCCCCAUAUUUAAUGGCAUCAUCACUUCCUCACGCCUCCAACGUCUUCUUGCAUUCCAUCCCAUCUUCCCCCUCGCAUCAUCGUCGUCCUCGUCGUCGUCGUUGUCGUCUUCGUCAUCAUCUCCCAUGGCGUGUGUAAUGUGAAGUCAGCGAGCUCUAUAUAUUCUCUAGUCUCUACUAAGCUAAGCUGAUUGAUCUCUCGUGUUGCACACCGACGCGUGGUUAGCUGGCUGGCUAGCUAGAUAUCUUUGAGCUCUCGGGUAAUGGCCACGGGCGUGCUUGCCGUCGUCGUCGCGGCGGCCGCCAUCGUCGUGAUGGUGGCCGGCGGUGCGGCCGGAGUGGGAGGCGACGGGUUCAUCACGUGGGAGGACCUGAGCAUGCCGGCCGGGGCCGCAGGCGCCGCGCGGAGCAGCACGUGGGACGACACGGCCGGCGGCGGUGGCAAGAGGAGCGCCGGCGGCGAGCAGGGGACGACGACGAUCGUGGUGUCGCCGGACGGCACGGGCCACUCGAGGACGGUGCAGGGCGCCGUCGACAUGGUCCCCGCCGGCAACACGAGGAGGGUCAAGAUCCUCGUCAGGCCAGGCGUCUACAGGGAGAAGGUGACGGUGCCGAUCACGAAGCCGUUCGUGUCGCUGAUCGGCAUGGGCACCGGCCGGACGGUGAUCACGUGGCACUCGCGCGCGUCCGACGUCGACGCCUCCGGCCACCAGGUCGGCACCUUCUACUCCGCCUCCGUCGCCGUCGAGGCCGACUACUUCUGCGCCAGCCACAUCACCUUCGAGAACUCGGCGCCGGCCGCGCCGCCGGGGGCGGUGGGGCAGCAGGCGGUGGCGCUGCGGCUGUCCGGCGACAAGACGAUGCUGUACAGGUGCAGGAUACUGGGGACGCAGGACACGCUCUUCGACAACAUCGGGAGGCACUACCUCUACAACUGCGACAUCCAGGGCUCCAUCGAUUUCAUCUUUGGCAACGCAAGGUCCUUGUACCAGGGCUGCACGCUGCACGCCGUGGCGACGAGCUACGGCGCGAUCGCGGCGUCGCAGCGGAGCUCGCCGGCGGAGGAGUCGGGGUUCAGCUUCGUCGGCUGCAGGCUCACCGGCUCCGGCAUGCUCUACCUGGGAAGAGCAUGGGGAAAAUACUCAAGAGUGGUCUACUCCUACUGUGACCUCAGUGGCAUCGUCGUGCCCCAGGGAUGGAGCGACUGGGGUGAUCAAUCAAGAACAAAGACGGUGCUGUUCGGAGAGUACAGCUGCAAGGGGCCAGGUGCGAGCACGGCGCAGAGGGUGCCGUGGUCGCGGGCGCUCACCUUCGAGGAGGCGCGGCCGUUCAUCGGCCGGAGCUUCAUCAACGGCGAGCAGUGGCUCCGGCUAUAGACGGCCAUGGCGAUUCUUCAGAAGUUCAAGACUUCUUUGCAGAUAGACAGUGUAUGUAGCUAGUGGAUAGCAGCUGACAUGUAACGAUGUACCAUGUAACAAACUUUGACACGCACAAAGUCCAUAUGUAGUGAGAUGAGAUUUGUUAGACCAGCCAAUCAUAGCAGAUGAGAGUUUGCAUGUGUGGAGGAGCAAGGGAGAUGCAUCAUGUGAAUGUGACAUGCUCAUGCCUGGUACAUCAGGCCUAACACAACAGAAGAUGAGAUCAUGGGAUGGCAUUGGCAUCGAGUAGAAUUGACUUCAGAUCGCAGGAUGCCAUAAACAGAUGAUACAGAACUUGAGGAGCAGAAAAAACCACUCAUUUUGCAACCUCUUCAGAUCCACAUGCGCAGUGAAGUUAAUACUACUACAUACUAACCACAGGGUGUGAUAUAAGUUAACAAUAAAAUUUUUGAAGAGCACAAAUGCAAACAUACUCUUGGUAGCACAAGCAAGCUUGGACCAGAAUGUUACAAUUGAAAACAAAAUUAAACCAUAGUCCAGAGG